GGCAGGCAGGCAGAGCGGGGCUGAGUCACUGCAUGUGUCUGAGAGGCAGUCAGAAACAGAGCAGAGCCAGGGAGCAGAGGUGAUCUCACACUCAUCAGCACAGGAUAACACAACCAUGAUGGGUUGACUUCGGGGGGUGGGAGAAAGGCGAUUGGAGAGAGGAAGUGUGCGAUCGCCACCACUUGCUCAGCCAUGGAGACCAACAAAGUUCUUCAUUUCGUGCCUUCGGAGGCGCCUCCCUCUGGGAUGUCCAAGAAUGGAUACUUCUUUCAAGAAAUGGAGCAGCGGGAGGUGGAGCAGGAGGAGGGCAGCGAGGGCCGAGAGGAGGGACAGGACUCGCCCAUCGCCUGCGGAGAUGACAUCCACCUCUAUGACAACCAGAUCAGCCCCGGGCCAGAUGCUGACGACUCUGGUUGUGUUUUAUUGAAUACAUCAAGAAAGUAUGUGAAGCUGAUGAACUUUGAGGAGGAAGUUCGGGCUCACAGGGAUCUGGACGGCUUUCUGGCGAGAGCCAGUAUCCUGCUGGAUGAGACGGCUGCCUCUCUGGACGACGUUCUGAAGAGAAUGCUGCACCAUGUGGGCCAGGACAGCCAUGUCUCCGAACCCAGCUGCAACUUCGAGGAGGUGAUGAGCUUGCUUUUCACCGAUGCCGGAGCUCAGGAGGUCAACGACAAGUCUCAAAGUUUCGUUUUCUUUGAUGACGUCCACCUGCUGUCAGAGACGAUCCAGGGAGUGACGGCCACCGCCACCGGGAUCCAGUACCAGCAGUCAUGGCUCUGCAUCCUCUGCAACGUGAAGCAUCUCCAGAGGCGUCACGUGUGCAUCUCCCGCCUGGAGAGGCCGCAGAACUGGGGGGAGAACUGCUGCGAGGUCCGCUAUGUCAUCCUGAUACUGGCCCCACUCAAAAUGAAAAGCACCAAGACAGCGAUGGAGCUCGGCAGGACGUUCGCCACCCUCUUCUCUGACAUUUCCUUCAGGCAGAAGCUGCUGGAGACGAAGACGCAGGAGGAGUUUAAGGAGGCGCUGGUGUUCCAGAGGCACCAGCUGACGGCGACCAACCAGCAGCCCAUCGCUCUGGGGAAGGAAGAGACCGACCCCCGCAGUCACAAACCCCUUCAGUGUAAAGAUUUCUUCAAAGCCGGCCGGGGGAUCUAUGAGGACUUCUGCCGCAGGCUGCCGUUCUACCCCUCUGACUUCACAGAUGGUAUCGUUGGCAGUAAUAAGACUCUGCUGAAGUACAUGACUACUGCCAUCUUCCUCUACAUCGCCAUCCUCCUUCCCGCCAUCGCUUUCGGCUCCCUCAAUGACGAGAGCACACGUGGCGAGAUAGAUGUUCGGAAGACCAUCAUCGGCCAGAGCAUCGGAGGGGUCAUCUACUCGCUGUUCGCCGGCUCUCCUCUGGUCAUCCCUCUGACCACAGCUCCCCUCGCCAUCUUCAUCAGCGUGAUCAGAGGAAUCUGUGACGACUACAACCUGGACUUCCCGGCUUUCUACGCCUGCAUCGGUCUGUGGAACUGCCUCUUCCUCAUCCUCGGAGGUAUCUUCAAUCUCAGCCUGCUCAUGAAGCUCUUCAAAAGGUCGACAGAGGAGGUCAUUGCCCUGUUUAUUUCCAUUGCAUUUGUAGUGGACGCAGUGAAAGGCACCGUCAAAAUCUUUCACAUGUACUACCCUGCAUCGCCGCUGGCCAACAGCAGCGUGGAGAACUUCACUCAAGGCGGAGAUCUCCUCGGGGGAAACAGGAGUGAAACGGCGGCCGCGUUAGCAAUCGACGCGAUCCCUGAAUCCUUAAUCCAGUGCACUCGAGAAAGACCCGUCCUCUGCCUCCUGCUGAUGCUCGGGACGUUGUGGAUGGGCUACACCCUCUACCAGUUCAAAAGGAGUCCGUUCCUGCAUGCCAAAGUGAGGGAGGUGCUGUCGGACUGCGCCCUGCCGAUCUCAGUGCUCCUGUUCUCCUUCAUCGGCUCCUACCUUUUCAGCGACAUCGAGCUUCCAGUUUUUAAAGUUCACGACCGGCCAGUCUUCAACGUGGCUCCGUUUGAGCGUCUGUCUGCGAUGAACGUUCUCAGCGCCAUGGGUCUCGGCUUCCUCCUCGCCCUCCUCAUCUUCAUCGACCAGAACAUUGUGGUCUCGCUGACCAACGCGCCCGAGAACAGGUUGCUGAAGGGCACGGCGUAUCACUGGGACCUGAUGCUCUCCGGGCUCAUUAACAUAUUGAUGUCGGUGAUGGGGUUGCCCUGGAUGCACGCGGCCUUCCCCCACUCCACCCUCCAUGUGCGCCAGCUGGCUUUUGUGGAGCAGCGCGUGGAGGGGGGGCACCUCUACGAGACUAUCGUCCAGGUGAAGGAGACCCGGCUGACGUCUCUGACUGCCAACAUCUUCAUCGGCGUGUCGGUGCUGCUGCUGCCCCUCCCGCUGCAGUGGAUCCCCAAGCCGGUCCUGUACGGCCUCUUCCUCUACAUCGCCCUCACCUCCAUCGACGGGAACCAGAUGUGCGACCGCAUGGCCCUCCUCCUCAAGGAGCAGACGUCUUACCCGCCCACCCACUACAUCCGCAAAGUGCCCCAGAGGAAGAUCCACUACUUCACCUUCCUGCAGAUGAUGCAGCUGCUGGUGCUGUGUACGUUUGGCAUGUACCCGAUACCGUACAUGAAGAUGAUCUUCCCUCUGCUCAUGAUCAUGCUGAUUCCAAUCAGGAACAACGUGCUUCCUCAUAUCAUUGAGGCCAAAUACUUGGACAUAAUGGAUGCCCAACACAUGUAGCUACAGAUGGAGAAAACCUGCACGUUCUGGAACCACACGAGAGAGACGUCCAGAGUUCAACAAACAACAACAACAACAACAACAACAACAACAUAUUUUUCAAUGCAAAACUGUACGGAAGCAACAAAAAAAAAAAAAAAAA